UAACCGCAGGGCGAUUAAGCAGGCAGUAGCUAUGGCUGCGCCCGGGCCAGAGGAUCUGUCUCCUGCGGCCGCCCCCGAUUUGGAUUGGUAUGAGAAGUCGGAAGAAACUCACGCUCCUCAAGUAGAGCCUGAGACCGUCAUCACGUCAGUUCAGGAACCUUCGGAGCCCUUUCGCCCAAGAGACUUGGUGCCGGUGGUGUUCCCCGGGCCCGUGAGCCAGGAAGGCUGCUGUCAGUUUACUUGUGAACUUCUAAAGCAUGUCAUGUACCAACGCCAACAGCUACCUCUGCCCUAUGAACAGCUCAAGCACUUCUACCGGAAAUCUCCUCCCCAGUCAGAGGACACUGCAAGGAAGAAACCUCGGCUCCCCGCUGAGGUGAACAGCAGGAAGUGUCAGCAGGCUCUGGCAGAACUGGAGAGUGUCCUCAGUCACCUAGAGGACUUCUUUGCCCGAACACUAGUACCAAGAGUGUUGAUCCUUCUUGGAGGCAAUGCCCUGAGCCCCAAGGAAUUCUAUGAACUUGACUUAUCCAGACUAGUCCCCUUCAGUGUGGACCAGAGCCUGAACACAGCUGCCUGUCUGCGUCGUCUCUUCCGAGCCAUCUUCAUGGCCGAUGCCUUUAGUGAGCUGCAGGCUCCUCCGCUCAUGGGUACCAUUGUCAUGCUGCAGGGGCACCGUGACUGUGGAGAAGAUUGGUUUCUACCCAAGCUCAACUACCGAGUGCCCAACCGGGGCCACAAACUGACUGUGACGCUGUCCUGUGGAAGACCUUCUGUCCCAGCCAUUGCCUCCGAGGAUUACGUUUGGUUCCAGGCACCAGUGACACUUAAAGGUUUCCACGAGUGACUGAACGAGGACAAGGGCUGAAUUCUCCCUGUGCUACCAAGGCGCCCAUCUCUUGUUUGGAAUUGAAGCUGCUUCCUGGUGAGGGAGGAAGGCUCUGCCCUGGCAGUAUGCCGCCUCUCCCCAGACUGCCUGGUGACUGAUGUUAUGUGGCCAUCGCUGUGGUACUCAUCAUCAAGCAAAGUCCCCAAUCAACGAUGGACUCCCAGAAGCCUCUAUCUGAGAUUAGAAAGCAUGGAGGUGGACGUUCUCUGCUCUAUGCUGACUUCAGAACGGUGGUUACCAGGGUCAUUAUGUAGGUGUGACUCAGGCAUUUAAAUAUGAAGUGACUAGAGUCAUAUUAAAUUUUUCUAGAGUCAUAUUAAAUUUUCCUAAAACUUUUGACUUAGACUUUUUGCCCUUGGGACUCAAGGGUUUUUGUUGUUUGUUUUUAGAAAGUCCUGUGUAUCCUAGGUUGGCUUCGAAUGUGCUGUGUGCAGGAGAGAGUAACCUUGACCGUCUGAAUGUUGGCAUCCUGGGCAGCCAUUCAAAACACGGUUACCUGGAGCUUCUGCUGCUGGUCAGUCGACCAGAGGGUGCUGCUGUAUGCAGGCUCAUGAAGUCACCUGAUGAUGACCAUGUGCCCAGCGCCAGGGGCUGAGUGGGGGAAGUCCCUGCAUCCUCUCUCGGCUGUUCUCAAGUCUCAGUAAUUUGGAUUAAUUCUGCUCUUCAGAUCUGAGAAACAAAUUCAGAGGAAGGAGACCAAGAGAAUAGGCUGGAAACAGAAAAGCAAGAGGCUCUUCCUAGAGCCAGAUGGAACUGGGGCUCAGGCUCCCAGAUUGUCCCGGGAUUUUGAGGGGUUUUCUCCCCGUGUUCCUGUUCCUUCCGGAGCUUUUGUCCAGCCUUGUCUCUACAGCUUGAUGGCUGCUGACAUUGCUCUUGGCAAAAAUGGUCCUUCUGUCCCUCCUGGCUGCGAGUUGAGGACAGACACCCACCCUGCCGAGGGGGAAUGUGUGUGAAGUGCCUGAGACACAGUAACACAUGCAUAUUCUUCAAGAUGUUUUCAGGCAGUUUCAUGUUACGUGAGCUCCUGACCCUCCUGCCUCUGCCUACUCAAUGCUAGGAUUAUAGACUAGCAGGCCACAUUUUUACUGUGUUUCUUUUCCUGUGUUUUGGAAGCUGAAAGUCCAGUCUUGGGGAGCCUGUGGCAAACCCCGCCCCUUUGGAUCAUUCAUAUCAAACUCCCGUUUCUGCUUUACCCACCCCCACUGCUCUGCGUGACCUUUCUUACCUUCAUGUCCUUUCUAACAUGGCACUUCAAUUCUACAUACUUCAGUAUGCCCCACAAUGGAGACCGUUUUCACAAUCCAUUGUGUGUGACACCAGGCUGGCCUCUGUGCAUCUGCCCCCUGCUUCUCGUGCCUAUGUACUAUUUAAGCACUUACACACAAGGCUGAGGAGGGUAGUGCAUGCCUCUAAUCCCAACACUUUGGGAAACAGAGAUAGGCAGAUCUCUGUGAGUUCAAGCCCAGCCUGGUCCACAAAGUGAGUUCCAGGAUACCCAGGGCUACAUAAAUGGACCCUUCUCAAGAAACCAAAAAGGAAAAAAGGUACUUAUACACCUUAGUUAAUGCUAACUUAUAUGUAUAUGUUAGUAUGUUAAACCUGAAGAUUGUGAGAAAAACCAAGUCCACAAUUGUCUGAUUAAAGCAAGCUGUAUUUUAGGGUAUGCUGGAAUUUUAUCUAUGGCCUGUCAGAGGCUGCUCUAAGUCAGGAUUUCAGAGAGUGGCCCCUGCUGGCCUAUUGAAGUCCCCUUUAUAGGAGAGACAUAGUGUUUACAGGAGCAAGAGAGUCAGUUCUUAUACAUUCUUAGUGUGGUGGCCAGCCAUGAAAGCUAAGUCUGGGCAGGACAUCCAAAGGAAGUUCUUUACUUCCAACCAUUAUCACCUGGGACUCUGGCCAUCGAUAAAUUUAAAUGGAGUCUGGAGUCUCAAUAGUUUACCCUGAGACAAUGCCUGGCAGGCCAAGGUUACCCGACCCCCACCCAAGAGCAGACCUUUCAAAGGAAAUUCCUGGCAUUCCAAGCACUGUAGAUAGAAACACCUGCCAGCAUUUCACCAGGACACCCCUAGACAAAUGUCAGCCAAUCAGGGGUCCUGAACCUCAGAGACCCCCUCACCCCCACCUUUACUACUAUAAAAACACAAUUCUAAUUGAGCUCAGGGCUCUCCAGAUAUUCCAAUACGUUGGACUUGCUGAGAGACCGAGUUUGCAAACUUGAUUAAA